UUACAAUGAAAAAAUAAAAUGAGAAUGAAAAGAUUGCUAUUUAUGCAUCAUAGAUGAUGAAAUUGCAUGGGAAAAUCUUAGAGAAGAAAUUAACAAAAGUGCCUUCAAAACAGUAAUUUGAGAGUCAAUCCCAAAAUAUCUCGAAUAAUAACAGUCCUGCAGUUGGAAGAUAGAAAUCAUAUGAAAAUUUAUUGAAAGUAAAUAGAACAUUCAUAAAUCCAACACUUUAAGUGUCUUAAUAAAAAUUAAGCAGCAUAUUAAAUGUGAUGGCAGGCUAACAGACGAAACCUAAAAAUUAAAGUUUAUUUAACAAUGAAUUAAUAGACACAGUGAAGAUAUCUCAUAAAUUAAGAAAGAAUUAAUCAAUGAUAUAAAUAGAACAAUAAUCACCUUAACUAACAAAAAACUCUUCUUUUCAUCGUCCUAAUUCAAGUGUAAAGAUAAAGAAUAGUAAUAGUGUUUCUUGUGAUUAAACUUAACUUUAAAAGAUAAAAGAAAAGAUUAGAAUGCUUUUGUAAGAUAGAGACAAUAAUUGGUAAUAGGAUUAAAAAGAAAUAGCAUUUAUGAUUAAAUUUAAUCAAGUUCUAAAUCAAUUAUUAGCAAUAAUGUUUCAAGAUUAAUAAAAUACAUAACCAGUUUCAACUCAAGAUACAAAUCAAGCACUUUAAAUUGACCAUUUCUUUAAGAGACAAAUUCAAAUUCUUUAACAAUCCAUUUAAUAAUAAAUGGAAAAAAAAAAAAUUGAAAACAUUCUUAUUUCAAUUAAAAAGAAACAUGAGAGUCUUUUAUAAGAGCAUAAUUCAUUAUUAGAAAUAAAGAAGUCUCAAGAUUAAAUAAUUAUUAAUUUAUAAUAAUAAAUAAAUUAAUUGUCAACUUAAAUAAAAGAGCAUGAUCAUGUCAAUUAAAAUGAUUCUGGUAAAUUUAUAUUUUUUAUAUAGAAACAUUGGAAUUAAAGUAUUUAGUACAAGGAUAAUUCGAAGCAAUACAAAAAUUACUUCAAAGAGAGCAAUUGACCAAGAUCUUUUUAAAAAGAGUUGGUGAUAGUUCAAUUAUAGAGUAAAUAAUUCAGAAUUAAGUAGAAUGUUUGAAUAAUUUAUUUCAAAUGCAGAAUAAGGGAAUGAAGAUGAUACAGAAGGAAAUUUAAAUAUAGAUUUGAAUCCAACAAAUUAACCUAAUUCUUUACACAAACUUCAUACUCCUAAAUAGAAAAUAAAUUCUCCGGAUUAAAAUGCUUACUCUAAUUAAGUCUUAUUAUAAUACGAGGAUAAUUAUAAAUAGUAGCUAAAUUUAUGUGAUUCAUUAUUGGCAGACGAUUCAAGUAUUCAUAGACAAAUCAGCAUUAGGAAUAAAUGAUUCUGAGGAAAGCAGUUUUGAUUAUAAAGGAAAAGAGUAAGCAACUGAAAUAAGUUGUUAUUUCAAUCUGGCUUCUCAAUUUGUUUAACCUAAAAUGAAGAAAAAAAGCAGUUAGAUGAUUUCCAAAGAUAAAUUAAAAAUUAAUAUGAUGGAUGUGUUAUUAGCAUAAGCUGCGUAUUUAAUAAUUAUAAUAUUAUAUCAUGUAGUUAAAAACACCAAGAAAUAUUGGAAUAAUAAUAGUAACAGAAAGUUUUGCCUGAUGACUUACUUGGUGAAGAUUAAAUAGACCCUAACCAAUCUGAUGAGGAGGUAUUUAAAUCUAAGAAUUUAGUAUUGA